GCACAGCAUGUGAUCACGGUCAAUCACAUGACUAGAUAGUACACAAUAUGGCGGGGUACGAGGAGGAGGAAGCGCUGCUUCCAGGGGGAUCAGAUGGGGGCUCUGCCAGCGUACAGCAGAGGAAGAUGCCAGCCAUAUGUGACCCCAGUCGGUUCGCCCAUCGUGUGGUGGUUCUGAUCCUCAUGUGUUUUCUGGGUUUCGGUAGCUAUUUCUGUUAUGACAAUCCAGCAGCACUGCAAACACAGGUCCAGUUGGACAUGAAGGUGAACACAGCAUCUUUCAUGCAGUUGUAUGCAUUUUACUCCUGGCCCAAUGUUGUACUUUGUUUCUUUGGAGGAUUUUUGAUUGAUCGGGUAUUUGGAAUCCGAUUGGGAACAAUUAUAUUUAGUCUAUUUGUAUGUGCUGGACAGGUUAUAUUUGCAGCAGGAGCCUUAUUUAAUGCUUUUUGGUUAAUGGAAGCUGGUCGGCUGGUAUUUGGGAUUGGUGGAGAAUCUCUUGCAGUUGCACAAAAUACUUAUGCUGUCAGCUGGUUCAAAGGGAAGGAGCUGAACUUGGUUUUUGGACUGCAGCUCAGUAUGGCUAGAGUGGGUAGCACAGUAAAUAUGAAUGUUAUGGGGCUGGUGUAUGCUCGGAUAAAGGACGCGAUGAGCUCUGCAGGUUACACAACACUCGGUGUAACACUCAUGAUAGGUGGAAUAACAUGUGUGUUCUCCUUGGUCUGUGCUCUUGUACUUGGAUAUCUGGAUAAGCGAGCAGAAAAAAUACUGAAUAAAGAACAAGGAAAAACUGGUGAAGUCAUCAAACUGACUGACGUCAAGGACUUUUCCCUCAGUCUCUGGCUAAUAUUUUUGAUAUGUGUUUGUUACUAUGUUGCUGUGUUUCCUUUUAUUGGUCUUGGCAAAGUUUUCUUCAUUGAGAAAUAUGAGUUCUCACCUCUGCAAGCAGGUGCAAUAAACAGUGUGGUGUACAUAAUCUCGGCACCGCUGUCACCUGUGUUCGGCUUUAUGGUUGACCGGAUUGGGAAGAAUAUAAUCUGGGUCAUGUGUGCUGUGGUGUCCACGCUUGCUGCUCAUCUUAUGCUGGCCUUUACCUUCUGGAAUCCCUGGAUAGCUAUGAGCUUACUGGGUGUUUCCUAUUCUCUUUUGGCUUGUGCCUUGUGGCCUAUGGUGGCAUUUGUAGUUCCUGAACACCAGCUGGGUACUGCUUAUGGAUUCAUGCAAUCCAUCCAGAACCUUGGUCUGGCUAUUAUUGCCAUUGUUGCUGGUGUCAUCCUGGAUUCCCGUGGCUACCUAUUCCUUGAAGUCUUUUUCAGUGCUUGCCUUUGCAUGGCCAUUAUAGCAGUUGUUAUGCUGUAUUUUGUGAAUCUACUUGGAGGUGGAGAUCUUAAUUUAUCGUCAUGGGAGCGGGAAAAACUGCAGAAACAAGCUGCCAUUGAAAAAGAAACUGAAUAGCAAACUCUCAUCUUCCUGUAUGCAGAAAGAGGUCAGCAAGCUGUCCACUCAGAAGAGUUUAGUGUCUUCAGAGCUUGCUGCAAAAUAGUCCAAUUGGUGUUAACCUCAGUUUACUUAUUUUAGCUAAGUAACUUACAGUAAUACUGUAAUAAGUGAGGAAUUUUAGGUAUAGACCAUAAUGGUUAUCUUUGAGUAUUUGCACCUUAUCCUUGCCCUAGGGCAACAUACACACGUUGUUGGUACUGAGGCUGGGACUCUUAAAUUUUUUUUUUUUUUUUUUUUACUUGAACCUUUUUAAAGUAGUUGCUGUCUGCUUAAAAUGUCCCUUUUUUAUUUUCCUGAGAGCUCUUAAAUUCUUUUGUAAGGGCUCAUUUACAUUUGCUUUGGCUUCAACACCUAUGGAUUUCCCCGCAUUCAAUUAGCAUAGGAGGAGAAUGUGAGCUGGGUCAAAUAUCUCUGGGGCAGCUGCGGAGCGCACUGCACAAACACUGUCUUUGGCUCCGUUUUUUUAGGGUCAAAUUCAGGCAAAGAUUUGGCCCUGAUUCAUCCCCGAACCGGAGAAUGGGGAACGCACAGCGUUCCUGUGUUAUCUGCAUCUGGUUCCAGUGUGAACUGUGCCUAAAGCUCCUACUGCUUCAACAUGCUUUGAUGUGUUUUUGAAGCUCCGGUGAUGCUUAGCUGAAGCUUUUAAAGGUGCUUCCGAGAUGCUAUUUUGAAGCUUUGACGCUAGGCAGAUUGUGUGUGUGUGUGUGUGUGUGUGUGUGUGCGCGCGUAUCUCAUACCAGCAAUUUCUCCAAAGCUAAAGCUGAAUUAAAGCCUCUCAAAGCCGCAGGUGCUUCAAGCAAGCUUUGUCAUAGAAUUCUAUGGAGGCUUUGAAGCACCACUAAAGCGACAUGGGGAAUAAUUUUUGUAGCAAAACCAAAUUAAACGCAAGGUGUAAACAGGACUGUAAGCUAACCAUUUUAUUUAGUGACAGGAGCUUUGAUUGGCAUUCAGAGAGCUUUAACAAAGUGUGUCUGAAGCCAUGUUUUGAAGCAAGUGUAAACGAGCCCUAAAGGCUCGUUUACACUUGUUUUGGCCUCCGCAUACAUUAAUGGCUAGUUUUAUAAUUCAAAACAAGGCUUCGGACACGCUUUCUUUAAAGCUCCCUGAACUCUAGUCAAAGCUCCUGUUCCUAAAUAAAAUGCUUAGCUUACAGUACUGUUUAAACCCCUUGCCUUUGCUUUGGCUUUCUUUCACAAAUUAUACCCAAUGUAGCUUCAAAGCGUCUUCAAAGGCUCCAUAGAAGUCUAUGGCAAAACUCGCUCGAAGCCUCACCAAAGGCUCAUCGAAGCACCAAGCAGUGUACUUUACGGUUUGUGGCACAAUUCCCGAUAUUGAAGGCCAAGUUCACUUUUUGAGUGAAAGACUAUGCAGACAAGGGGUCUAAGUUGAUUAAAAUACACCGCAGUUUUGUAAAUGGCUGCUAAAUGUAGCUGGCAUACUUGUAGACCAGGUCACCCUCCCAACCUGCACUGCACAAUGUAUUUUAAUCUACUCAGAAUCCCUGCCUGUAUAGCCUGUUUUACGCAGAAGGCGUAGCCUUUUAAAUUUUGGAAUUACAAAGCAUUUAAUUAAAAUGUUUGGGAUUUUAUUAUGCUAUUUUUCAGCCUCCAUUGGGACUUAAAGUUCUAUUGUGCAUUGAAUGAUUUUAUUGGAUUUCAUUUAAAUUUAAUGUUCUACAGCUUAAACAGUACUUAAUUUUGAUAUCCAAAAACAUUUGUGGUGCAGUGAGACAAAUGUAUAAAAGCACUUAAAAUUAACUGAUCAAAAUUCACUUUUUUUUUUGUUCUGUUGACUUAUUUAAAGUACUACUAAAACUUCCUGUAUGACUGUCUUGGCAGUUGCCAAUUUCAGUUACGCGAUGCACAAGCCUCAAACUUUCUUUACCUUCCCUGAGCCCAAUUCUCCCUUGUGUCUCACACACUUCCUCUUUCAGACAUUGUAGCUUGCAGUGGGAGGGUUUUGGCUAAAGAAAUACAGAAAGCAGUGGGCAAGACUAGGUAUGGCCAGGUGCUGAUUGAAGGUUGUGCAUCGGCAGGGACAGUGCUGAUAGCCACGCCCUCUGUAACAAUUUUUCAACCCACUGUAUUGCAAGCAGACCCAUCCUACAUGUUGGUGGCAACUCUGCUCUGGAUCCAGGCGCAGUGUAGCAUGGUUGCCAAGCCAUCACCGGAGCCUGAAUUGGGUGGACAUAACUGCCAGGUUUAACAUGUCUAUGGCACUUUGAAAGUGGGUACGAAGAAAACUUAAAGGGGUUGUAAAACCUAAUGGUCUUUCAUUUUAAUGUAUCCUAUGCAUUAAGGUGAAAAACCUUUAGUGCUACAGCACCCCAGACCAUCCCUUUUCUUACCUGAGCCAGAUUUUUCCAGCGACGGGGACGAGCACAGCAGCUCCAACCGCUGUCUCAGGUCCUCAUUGGAUAGAUUGAUGGCAGCAAGAGCCAUUGGCUCCCG